AUGAGAGGCUCCUCCUCGUCACGUCCGCUCUGGUGCGAGCGCAGCCGCCGGACCGUGCCUUUGCAGGAGCAGCUGGCGAGAGUUUGCGGCGGCGUCAACGCGCGGUGGCUCGAACGGCGUCGGGGCCGCCUGACCGCCUCCCACUUUGCCGCGGCCCUCGGGUUCCACGGCAAGGCGUCUGCGCACCGGCUGACGCGAAAGCUGGGCGCGGGCGCGUCAGCCGAUGUGCAGCAGAGCGACCCUGGCGUGGACUGGGGACAGCGCCACGAAGCGAGCGGGCUGGCCACCUACCUCUCGUCGUACCUCUCGGCGGCAUGCCCCUCGGCUGAAGCACACGAGACUGGCUUCUGGCCGUUCGAGGUCUCGCAUCCCUCCGGCGCGCGCGCCUCUGUUGGCGCGACGCCCGACGCGAUCGUCCGCGGGGCCGAGCAGGUCUGGCCUGGCGGCCUAGUCGUCGAGGUCAAGUGCCCGUUCCGCGGAGGCCAACCCGCCCCGCACGUCAAGGUACUCCCUCGCAUGAUGCCGCAGCUGCAGGGGCAGCUGCUCGCCACCGGCGCUGCCACGUUGCACCUCGUCUCUUGGUCGCCGUACGGCUCGACCGUCUUCCGAGUGACGGCCGACCUAGACUACCAGCGCGAGAUGGGCGAGGCGCUCGCCCUCGUCGCUCGACAGGCAACGGGUGACGGUGAGGAACUUGGGCGGCUCUCGCGCGCUGUGCGGGAGCGCAGCGUGGUGCUAGCCAAGCGGUCGGAGCGCGUAGCUCUGAUCCCUCCGUCAGAAUGUGUCAGUGUCUACGACGGGCCCUGUGCGCGUGUACACGAGGCGCUCGCGAUAUCGAUCGUAGAGACGGAAAUGACCCUCCACCAGCGCGCGCGCUCCGAGUCCGACCCUCCGUCUGCCUUUGGCGUCGGUCCAAUCGACGCUUGA